GUUUGCAGGAAAAAAAAAAAAACAACCAUAAACAAGACAAGAAAUGUUUACCAUUUUGCUUGGGGGUAAAAAUUCACACUUGCUUUCCAGAGCCUUGUCUUUCCCAGGGACCCUGAGCUCUAACCCUGGCCACUGUUUCUGGGCUUUGAUGGUCUGGGAAGGGCUGUUGAGGCCUGUGGAGGUGUCACUUCACACCUCAGGGUCCUGGAUAAAACCAGGGCAUUCUGAGCAGGAUCACUGCAUUCACCAGACUGACACACAAGAGACAACAUGGAUAUCUCUGCACCACAGCUCAGCUACAGCACUCAGUGUCACUGGAACUACCCCAGUUCUGAUUCUGAGUUCUACAGCAUUUCUUCACCAGGGACUAUCUCCCCGUCUUCAUCCACUGACUUUCCCUUUUCUCCACCGUGCCACCAGCGAUACACAGCCACUCUCAGGCCUGACACCGGCUAUUCCAACGCAGUCCAGGCUUCUAGAUCUCCCUCCUCUUCCAAGGAUAGGCUGCUCUCAGUUCAGAAGCUGAGGAAGACCAGGUCGAAGAAUCCCAGCAAGCAGAGACAGAGCGCCAGUGAGAAAGAGAAGCUGAGGAUGAGGGACCUGGCCAAAGCUCUUCACCACCUGAGGACCUACCUGCCCCCUUCCGUGGCUCCGGCGGGACAGACCCUGACCAAAAUCGAGACCCUUCGCCUGACCAUCCGCUACAUCUCCCACCUGUCCGAGCAGCUGGAGCAGAGCGAGGAGGCCCCAUCCCAGAGAAGAGGGGCUGACGUCUCAAGGUGCCCCGCUUUACCAGAGGAGCUGUUGUGCUACCAGUCCAGCGCUGUGCCACAGGGUGCAUUGCAAGAAGAGGGAACAGGGUACUGCCAGUACAGCUCCAUGCCAGCGUGCACACAGCAGGUCGAGGGAAUGGGAUUCUGCCAGUACAGCUCCAUGCCAGCGUGCUCACAGCAAGAUGAGGUCCUGGACUCCAGCACAGAGUCACUGCUACAGUCCCCACAGUUUCCAGAUGCAACACAGUCAUGCCAGGUAUGCAGAAGAUGGUUAUCUUACAUUUAG